AUGUUCAACAAUCUUCCGGCAUUUGCUGUUGCCAUCCUAGCAGGCUCUGCCGCGGCAAUCGAUCUCAAGAUCAAUGAUGAGCAAUCUAUCAAGAACGCGGCAGCCACUGCCGCCUUCAACACCAUGUCAACCUAUACUUCCAACAUCACAGGAAAUAUUCCUGGUAAACUUGAUGGGACAUGGUGGCGGGGCGCUGUUUUGUUCCAGACAAUGAUCGAAUAUUGGUAUUUUACCGGCGACUCUUCCAACAACAAGGCUGUGAGUCAAGGCAUGUAUUGGCAGCGUGGGGACAACAACUACUUCCCUUCCAACUACAGCCAAUUUCUGGGUAACGACGACCAAGUGGCUUGGGGUCUCGCUGCUAUGACUGCCGCAGAGCUGGAAUACACCGAGGAUCCCUCGAAGCCCUCGUGGUUGACAUUAGCCGAUGGUGUGUUUCAGUCCCAGAUUGCGCGAUGGGAUACUGAGAGCUGCGAUGGUGGCUUGCGCUGGCAAAUCUUCCCGUACCAGGAUGGAUACGAUAUCAAGAAUGCUAUGAGCAACGGCGGACUGUUUCAGCUCUCCGCGCGUCUGGCCCGAUACACCGAAAACCAGACCUACUCCGAUUGGGCGGAGAAGAUAUGGGACUGGAGUGCUAGUGUUCCGAUUUUGAACACCACCGAAUGGACGAUUGGCGAUGUGGUAGAUGUUAAAUCCGAUUGCAAGACAUACCAAGAUCUGCAGUGGACUUACAGCUACGGAGAAUAUAUCAGUGGGGCGGCUUAUAUGUACAACCUGACAAAUGGGGAAACAUCUAAAUGGAAAUCAGGCCUCGAUGGUCUUCUCAACACAAGCUUCCAUAAGUUCUUCCCAGAGAAGUACGGUGGCAAGAUCAUGGUAGAGAGCAGCUGCGAGACCGUGAAAACUUGCAACCAGAACCAGGAGGUUUUCAAGGGACUUUUUGCGUCUGACCUUGCGGGUGUCACCCGUAUGGCCCCUCAUACCAAAUCCGAGAUCCUACAGAGAUUGCAGGGGUCCGCCGUUGGAGCCGCCAAACAAUGUUCAGGUGGUGACAAUGGGACUGUUUGUGGCCAACAGUGGUACAAGGCGAAAUGGGAUGGCACUGCAGGUAUGGAGGCACAAUUGAGCGCUACCAGUGUCUUUACCUCCAACUUGGUUGCUUUUGAGCACAUGAAUCUAGCCACAAAGAAUACAUCGACCUCGACAUCGACUACUCAAAACGCGUCCAGCACUCCUACUGAGACUCAAGGUGAAGCCACAAGCGGCACUAAGGAUAACGGAGGCAAUAUCCCGAGAAGCCAGUUUGGAUCUAUUGGACUUGUGUUGUUGGUCUCUGUUUUAGUUCUAUAUUAG